UGGGUUUGUACCAACAACGCUGCGUACCGUACAUUGUACCGUCACGCACGUGCGCAGUCCGCUUGAAGUGUUCCAACACAAACCUAUGACGGUUCAUGGGACGCUUGAUACACUGUUCCAACAGAUAUCCGACAGUUCAACGAACGGUUUUUGGACCGUCAAAACAGUACCUGGUCCGUAGCGAGGACUGUGAGUCCACACAUGCGCAUUGAAUAGAAAUUAGAAUGUUGAAAUUUGAAGGUUAUAAGGAUAAGGAAUGUUGUUUUGCCAUGGAGAAUCAAAAUAUCCCAGCUUAUGAACUAAAUAGUUUCUUGUUAUGCCAAAUACAAGUGCUCUGCCGAGCGAGAGUACCACGGCACGAGCACCAGAAUUUAGAUGGAGUCAUCAGGCAACCAAAAUUCUCAUUGAAGUUUAUGGAACCUUUAAAAGGAAGCUAGGUUCCUUCGACGUCAAAAAUUCAAAGAUGAUGUGGUGGAAAAUAUCACAGGCUUUACUAGACCUUAAUAUUAAGGUAACGCCAAACAAUUGCAUGAAUAGAUGGAGGGUACUGGAGCGGAACUAUAAAAAAUAUGUUGAUAACCAAAGGCAAACAGGUAGAGGAAGAACAUUUUUUGAGUAUAAGCAUGAAAUGGAGGAGGUAUUUCUCAAGAAAAAAAAUAUCCAUCCUGAAUUGCUGCUAGCAAGUGAUCAAAUAGAUACUCAAAUAGAUAUGAACAGUGAUAAUGCUAUCACUACAGCUGCACCAGAUGUCUCUUCACCAUCUAAAAGCAUAAGCAGCCCAAAAUCAUUGCAAGCAGUGACACCACAGAAGAAAAGUCAGAUAAUUCGAAUAAGACAAGGUAUUAUGGAAAAAAUAAGAAGUGACCGCAAAACGUAUUAUGAGGAAAAACUGCACAUAGAAAACUUAAAAUUAGAAGAAAUGAAAAAAAGGAACCAACUGAUUGAGGAACGAAACAACAUCCUCAAAGAAAAGCAGUGUAACUGUCACCAAACAAGCUCCUAGCUUUACUGUAUUUUGCCAUUAAAGUUAAGUCAUAGUUUAUUAGUUUUGUUGUGUUCAGUAUUGAAAUAUUAAUUUUAUAUUAUGUUAUGUUCAAAUUUGAUUUGUGUUCUAGUUUUAUAUUAUUGCAAAUGAGUACAUAAAGUUCAAACAAAUGGGUAUGCACUCUUUUUCCAGUACUCUUCAGGACCUUGUAGAGGAAGGUCUUAACCUUAAUUAGAUACUCAACAGUUUUGAAAAUAAUGGGUAUGCAGACAUUAACUCGUUCAUAACUUGAAUGCUUAACAUAACGUCAGAAACAAGUUAGUAGUGACCUAUGUGUCAAGUGAUCCCAGUAUUCUCAACAAAAUGGACACAGCCCAAAACUCUGUAAAUUAUUUAAAGUUGACCAUUUCCGAGUUAUAAGCAAUUUAUGUCUGAACAUCACUACAAAUAAGCAUUUUCUGUGUUGAAACUUAUGGUUUGCAUUGACAGGUGUCUAAAUCAAAGUUAAAACCUUCCCCUACCACAUACUGAAAAGUGUUAUGGAAUUAGUUUAUUUUAAAGUUACUUAUAAGCUUAUUUGGUAGGCUGAAAUAGGUGCAAGUGUCAUUUGAACAGGGUGUACUCUGCUUGUUUUUGAUUAGUUUUCAGUUGUGCAAUUCCUUUUGGAUAGACUGAUUUAUGUUUUGUUGCAGUAUCUCUAAUUAGCUUUCAAGUGUGUCAUUUAUGUUGUGAUGGUACAAAGAAUUCAUAAUUAAUUUGUCUACCUCAUCACUGGCUGGUGAAUCAAACACAUGAGUGGACUUAUUUAUGGACAUUUCAGCUGCCCUGGCAGCCUUUAUCAUAGUGCAAAAUAAGAAAAAAAAAAACACGAAAUGUUGAAAGUUACAGUAACAUUAUGAAGGGUUUUCUAUUAAAUAGCUCUGAUUCUAAAUUCAUAUCAAUAUAGAUCGUCAGUGUAACUCUUAACUGUCUAUUCUUAUUGUGUACUUUUAAAAUGCUGCUGUGACAUAAAGUAGUAAAUAAGUUCAUUUAAUUCAUGUGGUUUAACUGACUGCCCAUGGAUGAAUAAAACUAAUCUAGCAUAGAACCAUGUGAUAAGUUUCAAGUGAUUUUAAUUGUUCAUUAAUACUUUAUGCAACAUGAAGACUGAUUUUUUAAAUGUUAAAU